UUUGGAGGCAAGGGUCUGGAAGUGCCAUGGCUGAAGAUCGUUGUUUGCUGUUUGUGCUUUACUGUGCUUUACUUGGCAAUUCUGCUCUCGAACAUGUUCCUGUGCUGAUGUGGUCGACCUUCAGCUCCUUAAGGAAUAUGAAAAGUGCAACAUAUGAAGGUCAAAUCAUUAAAACCCAUGAGCUGCAAACAUUCUUGAAACCAAUUUUUAAGCAAGAUUCUCAGAAUCUCCUUCUCUUUUUACAGAACGAGCUUAGUGUCGAAGACUUCACGCGUUAUGGUCCUGAUUAUGGAAGCGAAGAAAUAUUUUACAAUAUUCAGCAAUUGCUUGAAUCCUCCAACUCAUCCCUCGUUCUGCCAGCAGUUGAUCAGAGAGCUAUUAAACAUCUGCAAGAAUAUCAAAAUUGGACCAAAGUUAAAAUUGACCAACUUGACAAGUCAGAACUGGAAAUAAAUACUUCAAAACCAAACUUAUUCAUCAUAAAUUUAGCAGCAGCUGACAGCUCAACUGAUUCAAAAUUGGCACAGACACUAAUGGAUAAUGAUAAAGUGAUUGGGAUGGUGACCAAUACUUUGAGGAAAAAAAGAUUACCAUUUACUGGCAUUUAUACAGCUUUGAGAUCCAAUGUGGUUAUCAGAAAGGCUAGCAAUGAAGUUGUUCAAACUGGACGGCGAUUAAUGACCACAGAUUCAACUAGCUCUGUGCUGUACCCACCCCUGAAUGUAACAAAUGGUACAAAUACAUGCAUUCUUUUCCAUGCAACCAGACUGCAAUUAACAGCCAAUGGAACAUUGAUCGACUUGACCAACAAAACUUUCAUAUCCAAUUCAGUGGACUCCACAAACUCUAUGUGUUCAACCACUAAUACCACAUUAUCGCUCAAGUAUUCACUUCAAAAAAUUCCACUCAUCCAUGUUAAUACUCUGGAGAUCAGGUUUUUAAUGAGGAACAAGUUCUACACUGGAUCAGCUCGAAACUGGUUCAAAUUGGAUUUUGUUGAAAUUGUGCAGGAUGAGCUCCAUGUCGCAGUGUUUAAUGUGUCUGGUAUCUCAGCACCACAGGAGUAUUCCUUUCACUGUCAACUUGUAGGAACCAGCUGGCUUGAUGGUGUGACUUUCAUCCCUGCUAACAAGGCAGCUGAAGUUUGGACUAUCACCAUUUCUGAAUUUCAGAUUCAGGGUUUCAAUGUGAAGAAUAACCUAUUUUCUUAUGCUGUUGACUGUACCUCAUUCUUCACUCAUGCAAUCUGGAUGGCCAUGGUGACAUCUCUGGUCCUUUUGUGCAUCCUUAUCUAUGGCAUCCAUAUGAUCAUGCAGCUGACAACUAAUGAUCGCUUCGAUGAUCCAAAAGGACAAGCUCUAACGAUCCCCCAGACUGAUUAGGUUCGUCGCUUGAGCUGAAUUUGUUUUAUCUCCUUUAAUUAUCAUUUUCAUUACCUUGAAUCAAAUCUGCAUGACCUAUUUUCCAGAUUUUACCCUUCACAGUAUGAUGAAGUUGAUUAUAAUAUCCACGUACUGGACCUUUAAGACUCAGACAGACCAAAUAUGUAUGGUACACUAUGUUUCUCAAAAGCCUGGGGAACACUGGCUUGGGGAGACACCAUACAAAUUGCUUAAGCACUACAGUUUUCAAGCUAUGAAAGAGCAGAAGUAAGAACAGCCAUAAAAAUGCUCACAGGGUGUAGAACCUUUUGAAUGACAGUUUGGAUACAUGAAAGUAGGGAGAUAUUGGAGGGUAAAAAUAAAGAACAAAUAUAAAUGAAAUGUAUUUGUUUGAAACUAAUUUAGGUCUGCCAUGUAAGUAAUAGUCUGAAGUCACAUCUUGCUCCAUUAGUAAACAAGAGAUUGAAAUUCCUGAUGAAGGGCUUAUGCCCGAAACGUCGAACUUCCUGUUCCUUGGAUGCUGCCUAACCUGCUGAGCUUUAACCAGCAACACAUUUUCAGCUGUGAUCGCCAGCAUCUGCAGACCUCAUUUUUUACCCCAAGAGAUUGAGAUAACAAAUUGAAAACCUAAAUAAGGCAAAUAAACUGAGCACUCCAACCUGUAGCAAUUUAUAGAGAAACCACUGAUUUUUUUUUGACAGAAGUUAAAUGAACUUACAUUUAAACUAAUUAUGAUAAUGAUGCGAGAGUGGUCCAAAGUCAAUGUGAAACUCCUAUUUAAGUAAAACAUUUCAAAUUAAGAAUACAGAUGAUGAGUAGAUUGACUUAUUUAGUAAAUUAAAUUAGUUAUCCACAUGACACAUUAUAAUUGAUGUAAUUGUGUUAACAGAUGCAUUGUCUUUCUGAACUUUAGCUCUGGUGAAGAGUCAUCUAGACUUGAAACAUUAGCUUGCUCUCUCUCCACGGAUGCUGUCAGAUCUGCUGUGAUCUGCAGCAUUUGUUGUUUGCAGCACUGUCUUUCUGGUAAUUGCCUCCCCCCCCAAGAUUUAUGUUCAUAUCCGCAACAGCUAAAAUUAAAAUGUCAAUUCAUAAUGAUAUAAAGUUACUUGGACGUUUGCAGGUAAAUUCUGUUAACAACGGGUGAAAUUUAACUGCCCAACAUAACUUAAUGUAGGCAGGUGAUAGAGAAAAUUGUCAAUAGCAUGAAAAUCAGUGAGACUGAUAGUGAGUAGUGAACAUUUACUGCUGCAGUAGGAAAUGUUCUUCCAUAUUUAGUGAUGAAUAAUUAGUUGAAGUAAUUGAAACUUUACAUUGUGUUACUGAGCCAAGUAAAGUGAUUUUUUUUCUCCAAUUCUCUUACCACUUUGGCAAGCAUUCUUAAAAUUACAUUAAACUCUGUUUAAACCGUCUUUAUUACUUCCAAUAUUCUUAUUAACUUAGUGAGUAUUCCUUACAUAACAUAGCUUGGCCAAAUCAUCUUACCUAGAGACAAAAAAUCUGCAGAUACUCAAAUCUAAGGUAGACAAGCAGGAGGCUAGAAGAACACAGCAAGCCAGGCAGCAUCAGGAGGUGGAGAAGUCAAUGUAUCGGGACUGGGGGUGGGUGUAAUGGGAGCUGCAGAUCAAGGGGGUGUAGGGAAAGAGUGGGGAUACGCCAACAUAGGUAGACGGUAUGACCUGGUUGGUCACUGGGAGGAAUGAAUCUGGUUGGUAGCAAUAAGAAAGGGCCAAUGACAGGAGUGGAGCUAGAAGGGUCUCUUGUUGUCAUCUUAGUGAAAAGUGUGUUUUGUCCUGAAAAUCUUUAUGUGCAAAUUUAAAUUCUGACGAUCUAGUUAAAUAAAUCCAAUUUAAAGUAAUUAUUGUUGCUAGAUGAUCAGUAUUGGCAAUGAUUUUCUAAUGUAGGAUGGAAUGGAGUGCUGUCCAAGUACACACGGAUUUAUUUUAACAAAGUUUGGGAUCAUUUAAGUUUUAAAAUGAUAAUGCAGAUUUAAUUAGAACACUGCAUGGGAAAAUUCUCUUCCUUUAAUUUCAUAUAGAGAGCGGCAUCAUUGGCUGAACUGACUGAAAUAUCAUAUUGAAAAUGAGCAUGUAUGUCAAAGUAAGCUGUUCCAAAUCUGAACUGGAGAAGGUCAUUGAUGUAAAAAAAAACCCAGAACUACUGAGACCACUUCUCAACACUUCUGAAUCAUAAAUGGAUUAUUUGCCAGUUUGUUUUGUCUCUAGUAGUGAAGUUGGCUCAGUAACACAAAGUUGGGCAGGGUGCAGAUAUGUCAUAUUUAUGUUCCAAUUUGUCAAGCUGACUGCAAAAUAAAUACAGGAUAUUUUCAACUCUACUUUUUGAAGUCAUCAGCAAUCAAUCAAAUAUAGAGGUUAGUAACUUUGCAAUUUCAUUUUUGAUUCAUCACUAUAUAUAUAUUUAUAUAUAUAUCACUAGAGAAUGGAGCUAACGCAUUAAAGAUGGUGUUUGUUUUACUUUUUUUUGUAAAUGUAAAUCAAAUGUUACAUAGCCUUAAUUCUCAGACUCUGUGGUUACUGCACAAAUGUGGAGGAAAUAUUAGACUGUACUAAGUUUCACUUUAUAUAUGCUGUAGUCUGUCUCCAUAGCCAAGUUUGAAAUAGGCUUGUCCCUCCAGAUUCAUUUCACAACCUAUCAUUAUUUGUGCUAGUAGUAAACUGGGCAUGCAUCUAUACAUUAGUCUGUCCUGAAAAAGGACUAGGCUGCAAGAUACUGUUAAUUAUCAAUGAUAGUGUAAUCUCAUGUACUAUGGUUUUGUAAGAUAAUUAAAAUUUGUGGUGAUGGAAUCAGAUGCUGGAACAUACUGGGAAUGUCAUGUCAACUAAUGAUGAUGUGAUCUUCAGCAAUAAAUAUUUUCUCUGGUAA